AUGACUGCUGCGGCCACUGCCGGCGGCACCAACAAGCUUGCCAGCACCAAGGAGGAGAGGAAGUUAAGGAAACCCCUCAUUGAGCGGAAGCGAAGGGAAAGGAUUAAUAACUGCCUGGACCAGCUGAAGGAGACGGUUGUGGGUGUGUUUCACCUGGAUUCUAAACUGGAAAAAGCAGACAUCCUGGAAAUGACGGUGAAGCACCUCCAGAACAUCCAGAGCAGCAAGCUGAUGGCUGACUCCAAGGUGGGCCUGGAAGCCCAGCAGAGGUACAGCACUGGGUACAUCCAGUGCAUGCACGAGGUGCACAACCUCCUCCUCACCUGCGAGUGGAUGGACAAGACCCUCGGUGCGCGUCUGUUAAACCACCUGCUGAAAUCCUUACCCAGGUCUGGUGAAGACACCUGCAAAGCAGCAUUAAGGUCUUCAAGCCCCUCUCAGCAGCCUCCCUUGACACCAAAAAGCCCCCCGAGCCCUAAGGGGAGCACUCGGGGCACAAACCCAUCACAGGAACGCUUCUACCUCACGGAGAACAAGCAGGCUUUGAAAAAUUGCUUCCAGCUGCCGUCACUCUCAGUUUUCAGCCAGGUUGAUGCUGCACCUCCCAGACAGGUCCUGCAGCCAAAUUUUUCCCAUAACAACCCUAGAAUGGGGUCAUUAGAUAUGUGGAGACCGUGGUAA